CGCUUGUAGUUGAUACUCUUUUGUAUGGUUUUGUGGCACGUAUUUAUGUAGAUAUUAACAGCAUACAUACAUACAUACAUACAUAUAUAUAAAGAGAAAGAAAGAGAGAGAGAGAGAGUUAGAGAGGAGAAGAUUGUUGUUUAUCACAGUCGACAAAUAUAUAAGCAAAUAGAGAUGGAGAGCGAGAUGAGAGAAUCUAGAUUUAAGAGGAUUUGUGUGUUCUGUGGGAGUAGCCAAGGAAAGAAGAGUAGCUACCAAGAUGCUGCUGUUCAGCUUGGCAAUGAAUUGGUUUCAAGGAACAUUGAUCUGGUUUAUGGAGGCGGGAGCAUAGGCCUCAUGGGUCUGGUCUCGCAAGCUGUUCACGAUGGCGGUCGCCAUGUUAUUGGAGUCAUUCCCAAGACGCUCAUGCCUCGAGAGUUAACUGGUGAAACAGUAGGGGAAGUGAAGGCAGUUGCAGAUAUGCACCAAAGGAAGGCAGAGAUGGCUAAGCAUUCAGAUGCUUUUAUUGCCUUACCAGGUGGUUAUGGCACUCUUGAAGAACUACUUGAAGUGAUAACCUGGGCUCAGCUUGGGAUACAUGAUAAGCCAGUGGGGUUGCUGAAUGUUGAUGGUUACUACAAUUCCUUGCUGUCGUUUAUCGACAAAGCUGUUGAAGAGGGAUUUAUCAGUCCAAAUGCCCGCCACAUCAUUGUAUCCGCUCCAACAGCAAAGGAGUUAGUCAAGAAAUUGGAGGAGUAUGUCCCCUGCCACGAAAGAGUUGCUUCAAAGUUGAGUUGGGAGAUGGAGCAGCUUGGCUACCCUCAAGAAUAUGAUAGCAUAUCUAGGUGAUUCAAGGAUAUAGGGCGAUGGGUUUUGAAAGGAUCUAAUUGAAAGCUGAAAUUCUGUUAAUGGGGAAUUCUUUUUUUUUGUAAAUUACUGCUAUUGACAUCAAAUAUGUGAAAGGUUUUCCCUUCUUGUGGAAAUUCAAUUUCCAUUGUAAGUUGUAAGUAGUAGAGACUCAUGAAACAUUCCCCUUUAUAAUA